UUUAACAAAGUCAAAGGAUUAGUUUGGUGUUUGGGAAUGUUGAACAAUUCUCUUGGAUAUUGUGGAAUAAUUGUGUAUCCCUUCAGCGCGGUGCUAGUGGCGAUAAUGGAGUAUACUUGGAUACGAACUGGACAAAUUUUUCACCUCAUAUUCCUGAUUCCUGUGAUCGGAAGUAAUAUUUUCCUAUGUUUAUCGGGACAAUCUUUCGAGAAUACGUACGAGUCUCUUGUCAAAACUGUAUUGGACUUACCUUGGUAUGAAAUGUCACCAGAAAUGAAAAGAAACUAUAGGAUACUUCUUGCACAGAUACAGGUUCCUCUCCGUUACAAAGGCGAGCCAUUGUUCGACUUCAAUGCACAAUUUUUAACCUAUUACCUAAAAGGAUCCUAUACUCUUUCGAACUUUUUUGUCAAUUUCAAGAAUUGAUAAAAAUGGAAUUAUGAAUUGAAUUGGAAAAUUGCAGAGGUUUUUUCCAAUCAGCACAUGUUAUCAAUUCUCUUUGAAAAUAUGGUAUGGUAUAGUCUUGAUUCAAUGUUAAUUAUAU